GAAUGGGAAAGAGAAAGAAGGACGAGGGCGCUGCCGCCGCCAAGGGCCAGGCGAUCAUCCCCAGCUUCUUCAAGCGAGGUGAGACCGAUGCAUCGCGGGCUCCCACACUUGUGUGGCCAUCGCCGUAUCAUCUCAGGCGAUCAGCCGAGAAUGCGGCCAGCGCGAGUAAGAAACGGUGCUUGAAUUUAGAUGUAGACGCCGGGUCGGGCGAUGGGAAGGAUGCCGAUUGCGGAGUAUCGGGGGAAGCGAUUAAAGACAGGCGUAGAAAGUUUGUAGAUGUUCUUCUUGGAGAGGGGGACAGGAAUGGCGGUGGUGGAAAUUCCUCCUUUUAUGGAAAGCCGCCGUCAGGGAAGGAGAAGCUUACUCCUCUGGAGCAGCAGAUUGUGGAGCUCAAGAAGAAAUUCCCAGACAUCCUUCUCAUGGUCGAGGUGGGAUACAAGUUUCGAUUUUUCGGAGAGGAUGCGGAGAAAGCAGCCAAUGUUUUGGGAAUCGUUGCUUACUACAGCCACAACUUUCUCACUGCCAGCGUUCCAACGUUCCGGCUGCACGUACAUGUGAGAAGGCUUGUGGAAGCUGGCUACAAAGUUGGCGUUGUCAAGCAGACCGAGACAGCGGCUAUCAAAGCUCACGGGACGAACAAGGCUGGCCCGUUCUCGAGAGAUCUCUCGGCGCUAUAUACCAAGGCCACGCUCGAGGCCGGGGAGUUUCUUGGGGGAGAAGAGAGCGGGGAAAGGGAUGGACCUAUUCGUCUUAGCAGCUAUAUCAUGUGUGUUGUGGAGGAGGCAAUCACCGAGCACAAGGCCAACGCUGGAAAGGACGAAGUGAGGGGAAGUUUUGAUGCUAGAUUUGGGGUGGUGGCCGUGGAAACCUCGACCGGAGACGUGAUGUAUGGUCACUUUAUGGACACUGUCACCAGGACGGAACUGGAAUCACGGUUGCUUGCGUGUGCUCCCGCAGAACUUCUUUUAUCUGCGUCCUUGUCCGCUUCUACAAAGAAGUUGUUGAUGGACUAUGCAGGCGCAGCGGAUGUUCGAGUCGAGAAGACGCCUGAGAACUCGUUUGAAAAUGGCGGUACCGUUGCUGCUCUUGCGGACUUCUACGGGAGCUUGGCGUCUUCUAAGAAAGGCUGUCUGGACGAGAAGGUUGAUGGAGGGCUAGAGGCGUUGAUGACGAUGCCAGAAAUCGUGGUUGCUGCGUUUGCGCAUAUAUUUGCUUACCUGAAGCAGUUUAAUCUGGAAAAUGUAUUGCGCUUAGGAGCUCUUUUCCGACCAUUUGCCGGGCAGCAAGAGAUGACGCUCUCGCCCAAUACCAUCCGCCAGCUUGAGAUUCUACAUAACCAAACUGAUGGUACUGAAAACGGAUGUUUAUUCUGGCUUAUGAACCACACAAAAACUGCUUUUGGCGCGAGGCUGCUUAAGUAUUGGGUGACCCAUCCGUUAAGAGACCGCAUGCUUAUUUCUCAACGUUUAGACGCCGUUGCGGAAAUUGCCGAAUCCAUUGGAGAUAAAGGCAGAGGUACAACAGUUGCAACUUUAGCUUCAACGUGGUUGCUGCUGGGAAAAUUGCCUGAUCUUGAGCGUGGUAUCACAAGAAUUUAUCACAAAACAGCAACAACGUAUGAGUUCAUUAACGUGAUUAAUGCGGUUAUGAAAGCAGCGUCCCAGUUUCAACGGGUUCGCGACGCCAGAGCAGGGCCGCACAAUACCUGA